CCUCGUCAAAAUAGUGCUUCUACCUCACCAUCCUCAUCACCAUCCUCAUCACCACCAAAUUCGGGUCUCGUUGGUAACAUACCAACUGAUAUUACCUUAAAUCAACAACAACAACAACAACAGCAACAACAACAAAAAAAUAUACAAUCAUCUCAACCACAGCUAACACAAGAUAAUAAUAAUUCUAAUCAACCAAUUUUACCAUCACAAGAUAGCAAAGAUAAAGAUACCAGUAAAAAUCAUAGUAAAAGUAAAAAGAAGAAAAAUAAACAAUCACGAGAUAGAAAAUCAUCAUCUUCAAAUAAAUCAUCUACUACAACAUCUUCAAUAUCAACAUCUUCUACCCCUUUACCAAUAAAUAGUAACCAUUACAACACUAGGGAUAAAGAAAGUAAUAGCAAUAGUAGUAGUAGUAGUAGUAGUUCAUACUCUAAAUCACCAUCUUAUCCAAAGAAAUAUCAAAAACCAAAUUCACCAAAUAGUAACACACCAAUUGAAGUUUUAACCAACAAACCAAAAACUACACAUCAAAAAAUAUCAACAGAUUUUGACCAACAAAUAAAAAAAGAAGAAAUCAUUACUACCAAAAACCACCAAAAGGAAGAGAAUUCAGAACAACCAAUGGAGUCACCUCAUUCACAACCUACAGCUACUGCACCAAUAAUAAAUAAUCAAGAGCAACAACCACAACCACAGCCACAACCAAUUAGUUUACAUGAAUCACUUAAAAUGUCAAGGGAAUCAACCAUAUCGAGUGAACAAAAUUUUGUACCAUUAAGUUUAAAUGAUAAAAAACCAGCAUUUAAUAAUUCAAUAAUACCUAAUCAAAUGGAAACUACUAGAUCCUUUAUACCUAUACAUAGUAAUAAUAAUAAUAAUACUUUACAUAAUAAUUCAUAUAGCAACCAUAAUAAUAAGAUUGAACUCUUUUGCCAAUGGUUAGAACCAAACGAAUAUGAAAUCCGUGUUAGACAAAAGAUAAUCAAAGAAAUCGAAACUAUUGUAAAAGAAAACUGGCCAAAAGCAAAGGUUGUGAUAUUUGGUUCAUUUUCAUCCAAUUUAUUCAUACCAAGCAGCGAUAUCGAUAUUCAAAUCUCUGAUAUUAACGAAGGUAUUGAUAGAUAUUCAUUCCAAAAUCCAAUUCGUGAUUUUCAUUCAAUAUUAAUCAAAAAUCAUCAAAGCUCUUUCUACAAUGUACGUUUAAUUUCUGGUGCCAAAAUUCCAAUUAUAAAAAUGACAUCAGUUCAUACACAAUAUAAUAUCGAUAUUUGUUUUGAUACACCAAGUGGUAUUGAAAACACUCAAGUUGUAAAAAGUUUUUUAAAACAAUAUAAAUCAAUGAGGGUUUUAUUAUUGGUUUUAAAAUUCUUUUUACAACAAAACCACGUAAACGAAACAUAUACUGGCGGCAUUGGGUCAUAUGCAUUGGCUUUAAUGGUAGUUAGUUAUAUUCAGCUUAGACAUGUUCCACAAAAUCAUAAAUUAUCACCACACAGCAAAGCAAGAAAAGAAUACAAACAUGCAGGAGAUGCCACAGACUAUGGAUUAAUGUUGGUCGAAUUCUUUGAGCUCUAUGGACUUGUAUUCAAUUAUCAACUUUAUGGUAUCAGUUUGGAGCAUGGUGGUUAUUAUUUCAGAAAAGAAGAGUCUAAAGCUAUUGGCUGCAGUUUAACUUUAAUCGAUCCCCAUGACACUGAAAAUGAUGUCGGAAAAAAUAGUUUUAAUAUUGUCUUUAUAAGAGGUAUUUUCUCAUCAAGUUUCUUGAAGCUUUUAUCUCAAGAUAUGGUCAAAGAGCAAUAUACCCGCUCAGAAUUCCCAACUUUGUUUUCAAGGAUUAUUGAAGAGCGUUCAGUUGAACAAUUUGCGAGACAAAGAGCCAAUGUUGUAAAAUAUGCACGUCAAUUAGAAGAGUCUGGUUUAUUACCUGAAUUAUCUUCAAUUGAUUAUCUUCUAGUUAAAACUCCACCAAAUUCAGAAAUAUUUAUAAAUAAUAAACAAUUAAAAAGCAAUAUCAACAAUAAUAAAAACAAUAAUAAUAAUAGCAAUAAAGAUAGUGGCAGUAAUAGCUCAGAAAAAAAGGAAGAAGAUAAUAAUGUAAUAAGUAUUAGUAGCGAUGAUGAGGUUCAAAUAGUAAAGGAUGAUAAUAAUAUUAGCAAAAACAGUAAAAUAAUAGGUGGAGGGAGUUGUGCUAAUAGCAGUAAUGGCAAUGAUAAUAAAAAUCAUGAUAAAAAGAUAAAUAAAGAGCACAAUAGUAGCAGUGGAGAAGAGUUUUCAGAAGAUUCCAAUCAAUCACAAAAUGAAGAGUCUUCAGAUGUACAUAGUUCCGAUUUAAACUUUUCCUCAUCUGAAUAUUCAGAUUCAGACUUUGAUGGUAGCCACAGUUGUUCAAGUGAUGUUUUAAACGAGGAUGAAAGUGACAGUAAUAGUAAUAAAAACAAUAUACACAAGCAAAAAGAAGUAGAUCCAAUUGGGUUUUGA